UAACAAGCAUGGAAAUUAAAGGUGUGACUAUCCACCCUGAAGAGAAGCCAGUCAAGGAAAAGAACUUCGAUUUUCCAUUUGAUAUGAGACAAUUCGCAAGAAAGCACAAAUUUGAUCCAGAUAUAGACCUAAUUAAAUAAAGGAGACGGUUACAGGUAUGCAACCAAAUCAGAGCAGAAAUAAGAAAAGAAACGAAAUAAAAAAAGUCAAGCAGGAAAUAUCCAAAAAUAGAAGAAAAGGAAUUAUGGAUAACAUUGGUCUAAUCAUUGGGAAAUCUUUAGCUGGGCUCAAUAAGAACUUUUUGACACAAGAAUCCAGUCCAACUCCGAAAGUUGAUAAGAAUCUGAAGACACUUGAAAACAUGUUGAAUCAACAUAUAAAGAAAUUCAAAAUUCCAAAUGAAUUCACCUCUAAAGAUUCUUCUUCCAGCAAGUACCUUAACUCUGUUAAGAAGUCAAGAAAUGAACUUGAUGUUAAGAAUAAAAUAAAAUAAAAUUGAUGAAACUAAACUAGAUUCUCAACGAAGUGACAAAUAAACUGAGGAAAACUCUUAAGAAUUGGGGGAUCUAUAAAGCUCAAAGAGAUCAAAGAUCUCUUGAAAAGCGAGAUACAAAAGCAGUUUUGAGUUAUACUGCAAGGAAGCAGAAUAAAAUGUUUAAGCAAGAAUCGAAAUACAAUUCUUCAACAUACCUCCGUAAUUAUCCUAAAAAGAAGAAAUUACAGGAUGAUUUUGACUCUGACACCACUCUGACUAAAUCAGACACAGACAACACUACCAAAAUUAUAAAAUCCUCAACCCAAAGGACCCUUUCUCACCUCCCUCGCAUCCGCAAAAAGUACAUAAAAGCACCCAAAAUAGUCGAUUUCUCCACUAACAAGGACGAAAUGAACGCUAACCAGACCAACGAGCUCAACCAGCCCCACUUCACCCUCACCCCCACUAUAAAUCCCUCCAGUCUCUCCCCUACACGCUCCAACCAGUCCAAGCUCCGCUCUUACUACAACGCCCAAUUAUUCCAUGACACCGCUAAUUCCCACCAAGACCAGGCCCAAAGCUACAGCAAGACCAAGAUCAAGAACAUACGUAGAAAGUACAGACACUUAUUAAGACUGUGAGAGGGUAAUGGAGCUUCGUUGCAAGUGAGGAAGCCGACUUCUGGGGUUGUGGUUGGGGGUGGUAAUGAGAGGCAGAAGAGAGGGUUUGAGAAGGAGAUUAGUGGUGGAAUUUGGAAGUGAGGGGAUAUUGGAAGUAAAAUGUUGACUUUUGAAAAGAGAGAUUAUAGCGAAAAUAGUGAAUAUGCACAACAAAAAAGAGGAUGGAUACAAGAAAUUAACUCUUUAAAGGAAAGGCUUGCAAAAGAAGGAGUUCCAUGUGACACAAAGAUGCUAGAAAGAGCUAUCUUUAUUCCUGAAGACAUUCAAUAAAUUCAUUUAAUUCAAUACACCACAAACCAAAA